AUGGUAGGGAGAUCUUGCUGGAAUGACUUGUCUUUUAUCCUUCCUGGAGAAGCUAUUGUGGAUGUGCGUCAAUUUCAUGAAGAGGAUGAGCGUAAUAAGCGUGAGCAUAUAUUCAUAAGCAAAGAGCUCCGAUGUCGGGGACGUGAUGAGCCGAGACGAUCCGCAGAAGUUAUGAUACUCGAUGAAAAAGAAGCAUCAUUGAGCAGAUCUGCUUUCCGCUGA